AUGAGCACCCCGUCGUCCUCGCCCGAGAUUUCGAGCCUGGACAUCGUCGACCUGCGCGCACGCUAUGUAACCCGCAAACUCUCGCCCGUCGAGGUCGUGCGACACGUCUACGACAAAAUAUCCUCGCACCGCGAGCGCGACCCGGCCGUCUGGAUCUACCUGGUUCCCGAGGCCGAGGCGGUCCAGCGCGCAGAAGACCUGGUGAAGAGGUACUACACCAACGACGAGCCGCUGCCGGCGCUGUUCGGGAUCCCCUUCUCAAUCAAAGACUCGAUCGACGUCGCGGGCGUGCCGACGACGCUGGCCUGUCCGAGCUUUGCGUACACGCCGACGGAGACGGCGCCGGUGGUUUCGAGGAUCCUCGCCGCGGGGGGAAUCCUGGUGGGCAAAACGAAUCUCGACCAGUUCGCCACCGGUUUGGCCGGGGUGCGCUCCCCCUACGGCAUCCCCCGCUGCGUCUUCGACGCCGAGUACAUCUCGGGCGGGAGCUCGUCCGGGUCGGCCGUGAGCGUCGCGGCGUCCCUGGUCUCCUUCACCGUGUGUACGGACACCGGGGGCAGCACGAGGGUCCCCGCGGCGUUCAACGGGGUCGUCGGCCUCAAACCCACCCUGGGCACCAUCAGUUCCGAAGGCCUGUUCCCCGCGUGCAAGAACAUCGACUGCGUCUGCGUGAUGGGUCGGACGAUGGAGGACGUCGAGGCCGCCUGGGCGGUGAUGCGGGCGUACGACGAGCGCGACGUGUUCGCGCGUCGAGAGCUGCCGCUGUGGAACCCCUGGAAGAAGCCCAUCCGGGUCGCCACGCCGCCCGAAGACGUGUGGCGCGACGCCCUCUCGCCGACCUAUGCUGGCUUGUUCCAGAACGUGGUCACUACCCUGCGAACCCGAAGCGGCGGGUGGUGCGUCGAGGCCGAUGGAUUCGACUACGGGCCCUUCGCCGCGGCGAACCAGAUGCUGUACGACUCGUCGAUCGUGGCGCAGCGACUGCUCGCGUUCGAUCCAUACGUCAAGUCGCACGGCCUCGAGGCCCUCCACCCGGCCAUCAAGACCACGUUCGAGCAAGCCCUCAGCAACAACUUCAGCGCGGUGCGCGCGUACGACGACAUCUUCACGCUGGCGAGGCACCGACGGCGCGCGGAGAUCGAGUUCCGCGAGCGCGUCGACGUGCUCGUCGUGCCCAGCACGGUCGACCACUUCACCGUGGCGCAGCUGGACGAGGAGCCCAUGGCCCGCAACAAGGUCAUGGGCCGCUUCACAAACUUUGUCAACCUGCUCGACUUGGCCGCCGUCAGCGUCCCCGCCGGCUGGUGGCGCAACCCUGCGGGGAGGAAAAUGCCCUUUGGUGUGACUGUCAUCGGUCAGGCCGGGAAGGACGAGGACCUUAUGGCCUUUGGCAAGGAGCUCAUGAGGGCGAUGGCCCUGACGGGUGUUUGA